AUGUCCAUCACCGCUUCUCGGGUCAAACAAUUCAACACUUUCCGCCGUCCCGAGCGUGAUGCGUGGGGGGCCCCUAACCACUAUCAUUUCGCGGUGAAAUCUCUACCCAUUGUCCCCGGAAAUGCCGUGUUCUUAGCGAACCCAUACAGCGGCCACCAUCACGUCGAGGGUCGCGCUCGAAUCACCCCGCUGUCGCCCGAUGACCAAGCCAAAAUCAUCGUUCCGCUUCUCCUAGAAUCUUUCAUCACGCGUUUCGACGAGGGAGAUGCGAUUAUUCAUGUCAUGCCCAUGAUCUGA